AUGUCGGACAAGGAAAACCAAACACUAAACAACCCUCAGACACAGGAUUAUGCGUCGACUGGAGGUAAACCGGACGUCGAACACGGGGAGAUUCCCGUGUCGAAGGUGUACACCACAGGCGACCAGGAUGAGUACCUCAUGAUUGGCCACCAGAAGGUUCUGCGCUCCGAGCUUUGGACAGCAUUCGGUGGUGAUUUGCAGCCAGGUGUGCACGCCCCGCCACCACAGCGUUUGGCCAACCCUGCUCCGCUGGGGUUGUGCGGUUUCGCAUUGACAACGUUUGUGCUGUCCAUGGCGAAUGCGCGUGCGAUGGGUGUCACGAUCCCAAACGCAGCUGUUGGUGCUGCGUGCUUCUACGGUGGGUUGGUCCAGCUGCUCGCAGGUAUGUGGGAAAUCUCGUUAGAUAACACAUUUGGUGGCACAGCUUUAUCGUCGUAUGGUGGAUUCUGGAUGAGUUGGGCCGCGAUUCAGAUCGAUUGGUUCGGUAUCAAGAAAGCCUAUGACGAUCCAAUCAUGCUGGCCAACGCCGUCGGGUUCUUCCUCCUGGGCUGGACCAUAUUCACCUUCAUGCUCGUUCUCUGCACCGUGAAAUCAACGGUUGCCUUCUUCUCCCUGUUCUUCUUCUUGGAUAUCACUUUCCUACUGCUGACCAUUGGAGAGUUCACGCGUAAGACCGGUGUCUCAAGAGCCGGUGGUGUCUUUGGUGUCAUCACCUCCUUCAUCGCUUGGUAUAACGCAUUUGCAGGUUUGGCGACGAAGGAGAACAGUUAUGUCGUUGCUAUUCCACUUCCUUUGCCUGGUGCAAAGCGUUCUUGA